CUGCUCGCACGGCAGAGAACCACUACAGUAAGCAAGGCCCUAGGAAGAAAUUUGCUAACAAAAAGCGAUUGACCAACCAUAUUCGUGCUGAAGAUGGAAGUAACAAGUAAAAAAAGUACUCGGUUAACUGUUGUACUUUUAGCUCUCGCAUGGAUUUCAAGCAUCAACUUGGCCACGGUAGCUACAGCCGAAGACACUGAUGACGUAUCGACUAGCAAUUCGUCCUUAAUGCGAGAAGCUGCGAGUAAUCCUACGGCCGAAGACAACAGCUUUGGUAGAAGUGCGGCCGCCUACAGUAGCGCAUUGAGCGAAGGCUCUUCGAGCGUCGCACAAGAAGCAGGAUCCUCCUGGACAAAGCUUCAAAUAUCGCCACUUGCUCUAGGAUCAAUGCCGUACGGUACGUUCAGAAUUAACAUUUACGAGCACUCGGCCAAUCUACUGGCCAGCACUCCCGAGUCACGCAAACGAUACUACUACGCACCGAUUGCUCUCUUGGAACACAUCAGCGUCUUCAGUUUGUUUAACAACGUUACUGGAGUGCCUGAAUUGCGAUUCCGCGUACAGCUCUGGCACGACGAAAUCGAGAAGAAAAUUACAACUUACACCGCCAAACUGUUGCAAAGAAAGGUUUUACAGGAGCAGGUCGAGGUGAUCCCAUUCAACAAGGUGAUCCUCGUCACAACGUCUCCUUCAAAAGAUUACUGGCCGUCGAACGAAUGGAUUCCCUAUCAAUUCCACCAGUCGAUCGAGUUCCAACUGACCUGCAACGAAAUGAUCAAAUGUCAACAACUCGAGAAAAACAUGCGCGUAAAUCCCUAUCAGUUCUCUCACUUGAAAUUGCUUUUUAGUUUGGACUCACAGACGACGCAGAGGCGCGAGACUGUCAUCCGCGUGGAAAGCAUCUUAUCUGGCGAAAUGAUGAGCACAUUGAAUCAACGAUACCCAAACAAGCCCGAUGCUCUUUUAACAGCACAGGACGAGAAGCGAUUGUUGACCGAAUCGGCCACCAACGUCAUUGUCGAUUCUUUCGACGAUUCCGAGGUCAUCACGUCCACGUCCGAAACGCAGAUCUAUAGCAUGUUGAAAGACAUGCUCAUCAGCGCCCGAACAACGAUCAAAGAUCAGGGAGACGAAAUGUGGGAGUCAGUAUUCUGGAACGAGGACAACUACAGGCCUGACAAAGCAACCAAAACAUGGAACGAGAUAUACAACAAACUGGACACGGAAACGCAACGUCACCUAAAAGAGGAGUUCAGCGAUUCAAACAGUUUCAGUCUUUCAAAUGAAGUACGCCUACGAAUAGUUAAGGUGGCCACAUCUGUAAGCGCAUCAUGGAGUUCGAGUGGUUUAACCGAAAGCGAAGCCAUAGAUAAAUUCUACCAAGAAACCAAGAACUCCGUGCAAUGGGAAGGUGAACAGUUCAAGCCGAAACAAAUGGAUUUGAGCCGAGUGAACCUGAAUGAUUUGCGAGACUCGCAGAACUAUCAAGACCGAAGUGUUCGCGUUAGUUACUCGAUGGCCGUUUUGUCCAUCGGAAUCAAUUUUGCCGAGUACAGUGACGCUCAGUCGAACAGCAUUAUUUUCCAGCUCCAGAAACAAGUUGACGAUUUGAAAACCUCUCUGAACGUUACUUCAACGAGUUUGAAAACUUCCCAGGACGUUUUAGCUUCAAGAAUCACUGCCAACCAAAACCGACUCACUUCUCUCGAGACGAAGAAACCUGGCGUCUACUUCAACGUCUACAGAAAUUCGUCCUUUAACGUUCAAAACGCGUUCAUUCCUUUCCAAGCCGCUCGUCUUAACAUCGGCAAUGCAAUGAAUAUUGGAACAGGAGUUUUCAGGGCCCCCGAAGCCGGCAUUUACGCCUUCUAUUUCAACGGGAUUAAAUACAAACCAUCCGAUGGUGUACUAACUAACCAAAACGGCGCAACUACCAUCGCUUUCUAUUUGAACGAGCAGUCCAUAGGGAGAUCAGAAGCAGGACAUUCAGCCGAAGAGGGAACACUCUCCUACAGUACGAUUGUAGAACUAAAAGCUGGUGACCAAGUCAAGUUGAAGCUUGUCCAAGGAAUCCUUCAUGAUUCAGUUGUGUAUCACACUCGGUUCUCAGGAGCAUUGUUGAAAGGGAAUUAAUUCGAUACGCAAUAGUGACUGUAUUCAUCUUCUAAAAAAAAUGACAUGUAUCUUUUCUUUGUUAAAUACCAAAUGGGUGAAGGUCUAUAUUCAUUUAGGAACGUAGGCUACCAACAUCAGAUUUGAUGAAGCAAAGGGGUUAGUAUAGUUCUACUGUUUUAAAGUGAAAAAUAUAACAAAUUUUGCUAUUAUAUGAUGCGGAUUUCUUAUUGUUUUUGUUAUUGCAAUAAAACAAUCACAAUUCGAAUACAUUCAUCAGACAGGCACAUUCAA